UCAAAGAAUGCCACCUUUGAUGGCGCCUCUAUCCCAGAAACAACCUAUCGCAAACCACACACACUAAUGACAAAACACCCUCUCUUCUCAUAAUCUCUCUCUCUCUCUCUCUCUCUCUGAAACAGAGAAGUCCCAGAAACAACCUGCUGGGACAAAAAAAAAAAUUAGCACACACCCGAUUCUAUAUCUUUCCUCUCUCUUCUUCUACGUUUCAGUUCAAAUACAUCUACAGCCUGAAAUCUUUAUCUUCUUCAGUUCACUUCAUCAACCUGUUCAAAAGGUCGAUCACAUACUGCAAAAGAGAAGAAAGAAAGGUAAAUAGUAAUAUAAACCAUAUCAAUAAAAACAAGAGCUUCACACAGGACAUGGUGCGCUAUCAUCGUGCUCAUCACCAGUGGAGAAAAGGCGAUAAACAUAUGGAAGAAGAUGAGGAGUCUCAAGCCCUUAUCAUGGACUGCGGAACUGCUGGUUGUUACUUCAAGAGAACCAGGCCCAAGCUUUUAUCUCUCCUGUUGCUCUCUCUUCUUUCAUGUAGCUUUCUAUUAGCUCCUCACCUCUUUAACUCAGGAUCGACUCUCUCCCUCUUCGAUUCAUUUCGAGUAGAAAAGGAAGGCCCUGUUGCUCAUAUGGAUGCAAAUACUCCCAUGUGUUCAUCAAUCUCAAACGGGACUAUAUGUUGUGAUAGAAGCAGUAUUCGUUCUGAUAUAUGCAUGAUGAAAGGGGAUAUAAGAACGCAAUCCGCUUCCUCUUCAGUCUUCCUUUACAUCUCAGGAGAGACCAAUGGUAUCAUUAAUUCCGGCGAUGAAGAGGGAGACAAGGAAAUCCAACACGACAAGAUCAAACCGUAUACACGGAAAUGGGAAAAGAGUGUCAUGGACGGCAUCGACGAGUUAGAUCUUAUUGCAAAGAAACUGCAAUCUGGUAAUAACCACCAUUGUGAUGUCAUGCAUGAUGUUCCGGCUGUGUUCUUCUCGACGGGGGGAUAUACGGGUAAUGUUUAUCACGAAUUCAAUGAUGGGAUUCUACCAUUGUUCAUUACUUCACAGCAUUUCAACAGGAAAGUUGUGUUUGUCAUUCUUGAAUACCAUAGCUGGUGGAUUCUUAAAUAUGGAGAUGUGCUUUCUCAACUCUCUGAUUAUCCAGCAAUAGAUUUUAAUGGGGACAAGAGAACUCAUUGCUUCCCAGAAGCCAUUGUUGGCCUGAGAAUCCAUGAUGAGCUGGCCGUGGAUUCAUCGUUGAUGGAGGGGAGUAAGAGCAUUGUUGAUUUUCGAAAUCUUUUAGACCAAGCUUACUUGCCUCGAAUUAUGGGUUUGAUCCAAGACGAGGAACGAGAAGCGCAUGAGAAACUGGUGCACAAGCUUUCUUUGUCCCCAAGACCAUCAGAAACCUCAACGAAAAUGGAAAAGGGAGUGCAAGAGGAUCAAUCAGAGAAGCCUAAGCUACUGAUUUUGUCGCGGAAUGGGUCCAGAGCGAUAAUUAAUGAGAAUUUGCUGGUGAAAAUGGCAGAGAAAAUCGGGUUUCGAGUUGAAGUGUUGAGGCCAGACCGGACCACAGAAAUGGCAAAGAUUUAUAGGGCACUUAAUUCAAGCGAUGUCAUGAUUGGGGUACAUGGGGCAGCCAUGACACAUUUUCUUUUCAUGAAACCUGGCUCUGUUUUUAUUCAAGUUAUUCCACUUGGAACUGAAUGGGCAGCAGAGACAUAUUAUGGGGAACCUGCAAGGAAGCUUGGUUUGAAGUAUAUUGGCUAUGAAAUCUUGCCUAAAGAGAGCUCACUGUAUGACAAAUACGAUAAAGAUGAUCCGGUUCUUAGAGACCCAAAGAGCGUUACUCAAAAGGGAUGGGAAUACACGAAGACUAUCUAUCUUGAUGGCCAAAAUGUGAGACUAAACCUCGGAAGAUUUAGGAAGCGUUUGGUUCGCGCUUAUAACUACUACAAUGCUAAAAUGAACCAGCUUGUUCAUCUCCAAUCACAGUGACUUGCUUUUAUUUUUUUGCUUUGUUUAUUCUGUUAUCCGUAUUCACCACUGUGUUCAUACAUGAUUUUUUGACCGCUGUAAAUUAGCUAGCAGGAAAUGUAAAGCUGGAAGAAUCCCUUGUAUAGAGAUUAGUGAAAUGUAUGCAUAUCCAGCAGCAAUAAAGAAGUUUCUUUCUGGGAAA